UCGUUCAGAUUUCGCUUUCCCUAUUUCCAUUUUUCCUCGUCCAACGUCUCUGUUUUUCCCUGCUAAAAGACCUCUCUUUGUUCCGUUUUCUCCAGCUUUUUGUCGUCAUCGGGAGAGAAAAAGAGAACCCUCUCGAUUCCCGCCGUUCAGUGGCCAGCGUCAGAGCCAAUAAAUGCCACCAACUCUUCUCAACCCCUAAUCAUUGGGAAACUCCCCCGACGAUAUUUUCUUGAUAUUCGUUUUUCUCUCUUUUGGAGAAAGAAAGAAAGGGUUGGAUUCGGAUGGGGAACUGCCAAGCGGCGGAUGCGGCGACCGUGGCGAUCCACCACCCCGAGGGGACCAAGGUGGAGAGGCUGCACUGGUCCGUGAGCGCCCACCAGAUCAUGUCGGCAAACCCGGGGCACUACGUCGCCCACGUGAUCGCCGCCUCUCCUCCGACGGCGGCCGCGGCGAAUGGCGAGAGCGGCGCACCGUCGAGGCAUCUCAGGCUCCUGCGGCCCGAUGACACUCUGCACAUCGGGCAGGUCUAUCGGCUCAUUAGCUUCGAAGAUGUGUUGAAGGAGUUUGCGGCGAAGAAGUGCGUGAAACUGGAGAAGCUGUUGAAAAGAUCUGGAGGGGUUGGAGUCGAGUCGAAGAAGAAAGAGUCGAGGACGAGUCGGGGGCCGAGUUCGAAGCGGGACUCGGUGUCUGCCAACGACAGCAUGUCCACGAAGGAGGAGCAGGGGGUUGAUGAAUGGGGAAGCAGCGGCGGCGGUGGCAGCAGUAGCGGUGGCCUGAGAGGGGUGGUGGGCGGUGGGAGGCGGUGGGAGCCAGCCUUACAGAGCAUUUCCGAGAUUGGAGCUUGAACGCUGCUCUCUCUCUCUCUCUCUAGAAUAAAUCCAAAGUGCCAACCAAAAGUUGUCCAUACUUUUGUUCCCUUUUCACCAUCUCCGAUGUAGUAGUAACUAGUCAAUCACUGUCCUUGUCAAUCGAACUAACGACUGUUCUUUUCCUUCCUUGGAUUCUAGUGCGUUUUAGAAGUAAUAGUU